UGUACAAGGUGAAGCUGGUGGCAACGGAGCAGUCGCCGUCCCAUGACAACUACAUCAUGACCAUCCUCUCCGUCAUCAAGAUGGGCACCGAUGAGGACCCAGCAGGAAGCAACCGAACCUUCGUGAGUCACCGGCAAUGCCGAGAUGCUCUGAGACUUCAAAUCGAUCAGGACUACCUGCUCUGGGGAUUGGCCACCGACUUGUGGGUCACCGACAACCGCUUCUCCUAUCUCAUCGGCAAGGAGACGUGGCUGGAGGCCUGGCCCUCGGAGGUGGCGUGCCAGGAGUCCGACCUACAAACCCUCUGCCAGGACUUCAUUGAGUUCGCCGAGGCCAUGACCAUGUUCGGGUGUCCGUCCUAA